UUCCAUCGUUUCCAUUGUUAUAUGUAGGGCACGGAUGAUGUUGCAUUUGCAACUUUUUUUCUACUUUUUCAAUUAAUUGCUAAGUAAGUUUUAAAUACGUUUCAUGUAAGUACGAAUUCAAAUCUAAAAGUUUAAAGUGCAAUUUUUUGCAAUUUUUGGGAUUUUUUCAAUUUUAUUGCAAUUUUGUCGAAUUUACUCAUUUAUACAACUAUUUUAGCAAUAUUUUACAUUUUUACACAUAACGGUCGUAUGGAUAAGAUUAUACCAUAAUAUCUAAGCCAUAAAACACAGUAAUAGUGGUAUCUUAUCGAAAUAAAGAUAAAAUCAAGUCGAUAGGUAUUCAAUACAAUAAUUUGUGAAAUGUGACUGACUGUAUAAUCUGUUCUUCAGUCACUCCGUGAAUUUUGAACGAUUGUGUUGUUACAGUGUUAAAUAAUAUGCCGAAAAUUAAACCAACUAUUUCUACCGUUGUUAAAAAUUACGUGUUAGAAUUUGGAGAAGAUGUAUUUUCGUGUGAUGAAUCCGUACUUUUUUGUAAAUUGUGUGAAACAAAAGUAAGUGCUGAACGGAGGUAUACAGUUACACACCAUAUUGAAACUGCAAAGCAUAAACGGGCAGUUAAUCGAAAAAAUAACACCAAAACCUCUACAUCGCAACUUCAAGUAACGUCAUUUUCCAAAAAAUCAACAUUUAAUAAAGAUUUGUGUAAGGCAAUGUUAUCCGCCAAUAUUCCAUUACAUAAAAUCAAUAACGAUGAUUUUCGUUUAUUUUUGGAAACAUAUAUGAAAAGAGAUAUUCCGAAUGAAUCUACAUUGCGUAAAAAUUACGUGAACGAAGUGUACUCAGAUACGUUAAAUAAAAUAAGAGACAAUAUAAAGGGAAAUAAAAUUUGGGUCUCAAUAGAUGAGACCACAGAUGUUAAUGGGAGAUAUGUGGCUAACGUUGUGAUCGGAACACUCCAAACUGACCAACCAGGAAAAGUGUAUUUAUUAAAUACAGAAGUUCUCGAUAAAGCAAAUUAUUCAACAAUUACCAAAUUAUUCGAUAAAUCAAUGUUCCUUCUUUGGCCGGAUGGUAUUCGUCAUGAUGACGUUUUCCUGUUUCUUAGUGACGCAGCUCCAUAUAUGAUAAAAGCAGGGACUACAAUUAAAGCACUCUAUUCAAAAAUGGUGCAUGUCACAUGUUUGGCCCAUGGCAUGCAUCGAGUUGCAGAAGUCAUACGCGGAAAAUUUCCUGAAGUAGACAAACUCAUUGCUAAAAUUAAACAAAUAUUUUUAAAAGCACCAAGCCGAACUAUUCUUUUUAAAAAUAAAGUACCAGAUACACCAUUACCACCACAACCUAUUAUCACGCGUUGGGGUACGUGGCUUGAGGCUGCAUCAUACUACUGUAAAUAUUUUAAUGAAGUGAAAAGUGUAGUGCAAGAACUUGAUCCUGAUGAAGCCGUUUCAAUAAAAAUAUCACAAAAUAUUUUUAACCAUAAUUCAACUUCAGCUGAUUUAGCAUUUAUUCACUCAAAUUACGGAUUUUUGCCGGACGCGAUUUUAAAAUUAGAAAAUCAAGGACUAUCGGUAGUUGAAGCCAUUAAUAUAAUUCAAAAUGUUCAAAAUAAAUUAGAAAAUGUAUUUGGUGAAAUCGGGAUUUCAAUCCAUGAAAAAUAUAAGAUAGUUAUUGAAAAGAAUACUGGACUUAAAACCAUUAUUAAAAUCAAUGAUAUACUAACUGGACAAAGAAAAUCGUUCGAUGGUUUACCCGAAGACUUUACAGUUAGCGAUUUAGCUUAUUUUAAAUACGCUCCGCUCACAUCAACCGACGUAGAACGAAGUUUUUCGAGAUAUAAGAACUUACUAGCUCCAAAUCGAAGAGGAUUUGAUUUCGAAAAUUUAAAACAAACACUUAUAGUACAGUGCAAUGAUGUAUAAUAUAAUAAAUUUAUAAUGGCAUGA